AUGGCAUUAGGACCAAAGAGGCGGUGGAACUCAAUUAAAGCUCUUUGUUUCACUGAAAAAUCAGCUCGGUGUUUUUGUUUGUUCUCGAAAGUUAAAUCAGAUGAUGAUGGUGCCAAAAGUAGCCCGGUGUACCUCAAUGUGUAUGACUUGACCCCGAUAAAUGGUUAUGUCUAUUGGGCUGGCUUCGGUAUAUUUCACUCCGGUGUAGAAGUACAUGGCCUAGAGUAUGCAUUUGGAGCUCACGAUUACUCGUCUAGCGGCGUCUUUGAAGUCGAGCCACGCCAAUGUCCUGGAUUUAGGUUUAGAAAGUCCAUAUUCAUUGGCACCACGAAAUUGGAUGCCACACAAGUUAGGGAGUUUAUGGAGCGGCAAGCUGCGUAUUAUAAUGGUGAUACUUACCACUUGAUUGCAAAGAACUGCAAUCAUUUUUGCAAAGAUGUGUGUUUCAAGCUGACUGGAAAAAGGAUCCCGAAAUGGGUGAAUCGGCUGGCCAAAAUGGGGUCUAUGUUCAACUGCGUUUUACCGGAGACCAUUAAGGAAAAUGCCCUGCAACACAACCCAAAAAACCGAUCCUAUAACGAUAGCGAGAAAAUGAGGUUAAGAAGGAGUUUUAAUUCACUCUCGUCAAUCUCUACAAAACAAAAGCACCUAUCGACUUCUUCAUUGUUGCUACGGUCCCCUUUGAAAGGGUGCCUAUGCCCGUGGGAACUAAAGAGGUCCGUAAAUGGUUCCCUAAAAGAAAGGUAA